ACACCAAAUUCCGUCCUGAGUUUCCUGUCGGCAAAACAACGUGCAUGUAUUCCCGUCUGAAGCGAUUCUCGCUUGACGUGUAACCAUAAAAAACUGUCCCCCUUUCGAUGCUUGUUCGACCGUCGGGCAUGGUACCUAGCUACAGCCAGUACAGGUGGCUAGUGAGCACGUCGCUGGUGACCGAGAUCGUGCUGCUGCUAUCCAUCCUGCAGCGUGCCUGCGGCGGGGGUGAAGUGAUAUAUGCCAUUAAUUGCGGUGGAGACGCCCACGUUGACAUCCACGGUGUUCGAUACGAGAGAGAUCCGCUGCCGGAUGACUCAGUCGGCAUACCGUCGGAAUACGGCAAGCAGCUGACGAUACAGCGUGUCGUCGGGCAGGACCAGAUCUUAUACCAGACUGAGCGCUACCACGACGCCAACUUCCAGUACAACGUCGCCGUGACGACCGACGGGGAGUACGUCGUCGUGCUGAAGUUCAGCGAGGUCUACUUCACGGCGCCGAGCAUGAAGGUGUUUGACGUGCGGAUAAACGGCAUCGACGUCAUCACGGACCUGGACAUCUACAAGGAGGUCGGCCGCGGCGUCGCCCACGACGAGCUGCUAGAGAUAACCGUCUCCAAGGGCAAGCUGCUCGUCGCAGACGCCGAGAUUACCUUCAACGGCGUCCUCAAUGUCGAGUUUGUCAAGACGGACAGAGAUAAUCCUAAAAUCAAUGCGAUCUACGUGAAGAAGGGGACUAAAGAAGACGUCCCCAAGCUGCCCGAGUGGCCGACAUCGUCCGAGUUUGAAACCGACGAGGAGGAGGAGGAGCACGACGACGACGACGACGACGACGACGAGGAAGAAGAGGAGGAGGAGGCGCGGCCGAAGGCGGACAGCAAGCAGAAGGCGAAGAAGAGGAAGCCGUCGGGACCGAAGCUCGCCGACCCGUACGCGACGACGGACACGCACACGAUGCUGCCGAUCUUCAUUGCCGUCGGAUGCUUCAUACCGCUCCUCUUCUUCCUCUGCAAGCUCUGAUGCGAGCGAGCGAGCGAGCGGCGCCGCCUGGCGGGAUAGACGCGGGAGU